CCGUGUACCUACGCAAGUGUGGCGUGGCCACUGAUCCCUGUAAGAACAACGGCUACUACGGACCUUCUUGCAAGUGUGAAUGCCCGCCUGGAACUUCAGGAACUUAUUGUGAAACCCUUACUCAAGGAUACCUUCAAGCCCUGGUUUCGAGCACAAGGCCCCGCACUAGAACUAUCACAACUGCAGGAACUGUCACUUCGACAGGCUAUCCGUCUCCCGUCGCAGCCAUCGACGAGUACAUACAAAUGAUAAUAGCACCGGCGUGCAAGAAAGUUCGACUGACGUUCUCAGCUUUCAAGCUGUACCAACGCUACACCGACAACACCUGCCUCCCCCAACAACUAACGAUCCGUAAAAACGUUGAUCUCACCAUUUCUUCAACGUACUGUGCUAGUGAAAUAGCCGUCAACCAAGUGUUUGAAAGCGAGGGAACCACAAUGAUUUUACACUUCAAGUCUCUCAUAACCCUCCCGUACCCAGGCUACUCUGCCACCAUCACCUUCGUGCCCCAAACAACGGCGGCUUGUACCGGCCGGAAGUAAAUGAUGGAACCGUCAAAAUCCGACUCCUCUUAUCGUGCGGAUGUUGAAUUACACCUGCACGUCCCUGGCUGUAGUGUGCACACCAAUACAGUUGACUUUUCAUGCAA